GCUUCGAUAAAACGGCAGUAUGAUUAGUAACGACCCAUCUGCUGUCAGAAAACCCUUGAUGGGUUACGACAACUCGGUUAUCCAGGAAGAUAACAGUGACUGUUGUUCUUGUACGCGGAGCUGGGUAAAGACAUUUUUAAUAUUUUUUACCGCCAUCAUUUUGAUCGUCGCUCUGGCGUUGCUGAGUCUUGGUUCAUAUCUCGUUAUUAUGAGGCUUUCUUUCAUCCCGAAAUUAGUAGGGGAAGUGGCUUACGUGAAUCAUUUUCUACUCUUUGUCAUCGGAAUUUUAUUGAUAGUUGCUUGUGUGAUCGGUUUUGUCGGAGUGUCCAAGAAAGAUAUCAGGCUUUUGACAGCGUACGCCGGACUCUUGACCUGCAUCUUGCUGGUUCAAAUUGCGACAGGAAUCUUGGCUCUUUGUUAUUCUGAAUUAUUCCAAGAUUGGUUCGCAUCAAGAUUGCGCACUACGAUGCAGACUCGAUAUACGUCAGUCGAACCGGACAUUUUCAAUGCAGUCGAUCACGUACAACAAAAAUUUAAGUGCUGUGGUUCAACGGGCUAUGCUGAUUGGAGAAUGAGUUCUUUCCAAAAUUCAUCUGAUGCACCUGAUGUGAAGGCAGACAUCUUUGGUUACGGAGUUCGAACUCCAGAUUCGUGUUGUAUCCGCAGAACGGAUAAUUGUGGUUUCAUCCCCCAUCCCUCAAACAUUUAUCAUCAGGGAUGCAUCCACUCUAUCUUCAACAGGCUUCGUGAUCGCUACUACAUCAUCUGCGUGGUCGUACUAACCCUGAUUGCUGUGGAGCUUACUGGGGUAUUGCUUGCUUGCUGCUACGCCCAAGCCUUGAAACAACAACGCUGAUACUUCUGUCCAAGCUGCUUACUUACCUCUUGCACACCUUAUCGCCCUCAUAUAUCAUGUAUAGUGCGCCUGUGAUAAAAACAGCAAUAAACUUUAAAUACAAAUGUUAUUCGUGUCCA